AUUCCAGUUCUCUGACCAUCUUAAUAUGAACCGCCAAUUCACCUGCAAGUCUGGAGCUGCAACAAAGGGAGGUUUCAGUGGCUACUCAGCUGUCCUCUCUGGGGGAAGCGCGUCUUCUUACUGGGCAGGUGGCAAAGGGCUUAGUGGGAGCUUUGGCAGUCGGAGCCUCUACAACCUGGGGGGUACUCGAAGCAUCUCCCUCAACAUGACCAGUGGCAGUGGGCGGACAGGAAGCUAUGGAUUUGGCCAGGGUCGAGUCAGUGGCUUUGCAGGAAGCAUGUUUAGCAGUGUAGGCUUGGGACCCAUGGGCUCAACCAUGUGCCCUCCUGGAGGCAUCCACCAGGUCACAGUCAACAAGAGCCUCUUGGCCCCCCUCAACGUGGAGCUGGACCCCGAGAUCCAGAAAGUGCGUGCUCAGGAGCGGGAGCAGAUCAAGGCCCUGAACAACAAGUUUGCCUCCUUCAUCGACAAGGUUCGGUUCCUGGAGCAGCAGAACCAGGUUCUGGAGACCAAGUGGGAGCUCCUUCAGCAGCUAGAACUGAACAACUGCAAGAACAACCUGGAGCCCAUCCUUGAACGCCAUAUUGGCAACCUGAAAAAGAAGCUGGAGACGCUGUCUGCGGACAGGGUGAGGCUGGAUGCAGAGCUGAGGAACAUGAGGGAAGUGGUGGAAGACUACAAGAAGAGGUAUGAGGAGGAAAUAAACAAGCGGACAACAGCUGAAAAUGAAUUUGUAGUGCUCAAAAAGGAUGUUGAUGCUGCUUACAUGAACAAGGUGGAACUGCAGGCCAAAGUGGACACCCUUGAUGGAGAAAUCAAGUUCUUCAAGUGCCUGUAUGAAGGGGAAAUUGCUCAGAUCCAGUCCCAUAUCAGUGACACAUCCGUCAUUCUGUCCAUGGACAACAACCGCAACCUGGACCUGGACAGCAUCAUUGCUGAGGUUCGUGCCCAGUAUGAGGAGAUUGCCCUGAAGAGCAAGGCCGAGGCUGAGACCUUAUACCAGACCAAGUUCCAGGAGCUCCAGCUGGCCGCUGGACGACAUGGGGAUGACCUCAAACACACCAAGAAUGAGAUCUCAGAGCUGACUCGUCUUAUCCAAAGACUGCGCUCAGAGAUUGAGAGUGUCAAGACGCAGUGCUCCAAGUUGGAGACAGCCAUUGCUGAUGCAGAGCAGCGAGGGGAUUGUGCCUUGAAGGAUGCCCGAGCCAAGCUGGAUGAGCUGGAGGCUGCCUUGCACCAGAGCAAGGAAGAGCUGGCCCGGCUGCUGCGUGAGUACCAGGAGCUGAUGAGCGUGAAGCUGGCCUUGGACAUCGAGAUUGCCACCUACCGCAAGCUGCUGGAGGGCGAGGAGUGCAGGAUGUCUGGAGAGUACACCAACUCUGUGAGCAUUUCGGUCAUUAGUGCUGGGACUACAGGUCCAGGGACCAGCUUUGGGUUCAGUGGUGCCAGCACCUAUGGCUACAGACCUAGCUCUGUUGGUGGAGGCUACAGUAUGCUGUCUGGGGGCUGUGUCACAGGCAGUGGGAACUGCAGCCCCCGAGGAGAACCCAGGACCAGAUUGGGAAGUGCAAGUGAAUUCAAGGACCCUCAGGGAAAGACAUCAGCCCAGAGCUCCCCAACAAAGAAAACCAUCAGAUAG